AUGCACCCAACCGGGAAAACCUGUUGGGAGGAGGAGGAGGAGGAGGCCAAAAUGGAGACGAGCAACGAGGCGACGAAGAACACGACGACUGACUCUGGACGGGACUCGGAAGGUGCUAGAAAAAGCGCCGAAUGCCGAACUUGUGCCGCGGUCGUGAAGAAAAAGCUCCACCACGGAGACGAGGCGUGUGCCCUUUAUGCUGAAUUUUGGUUGAAGAAGAGCAGUUUGGAUGUACCGGUGGAACCAGGGCCCUGUGAGACAGGCCCUACCCAACCACUUGGCCUAUGGGUUGAGGAACACGCACAUCUACAUGCACACAAACACACACAGACAGACACACGCAUUCAAACAAUUGGUGGUGGAGCAGCGGCCAAUUUGACCGGAGUCAAAAGGUGCCUGAAGAGCUGCCCCUUAGCGACGUGA